CAACAUGUAUCUUGGGUAGGUAGAUCUCAUUCUUCACCUCCUUCUUACCUCUCCCUAUCUAAAGCCUUACGAUCAAAGAAACUUGAUCAAUAUGGCUAAUGCGACGACGCCUCUCCUCGCCGACGAUCGUCGCGAUCCCGACGCAAAUUCUAAUUCGCUGAGCGAUUCUGAAGAAGAUGCUCUACGUGGACAAUCUAGAGCUACACACCAUGGCCGAGCAUGGCAUAACCGAUUACGGGAAUCUCUUUUAUUCGCAUGGGCACUUCUCGCGACCGCCGGUGUCUUAGUUCUCGCUGUCUGGGCAUCGCAUCAACAACAAACCGCGUUCGAAAAACCUGCCGGCAAACGUAAUCUAAUUUUCAUGGUCUCUGACGGCAUGGGACCCGCAUCUCUAUCGAUGACCCGGAGCUUUAGACAAUACACUGAAGGGCUCGACCAUAGCGAUACCCUCACUCUUGACAAGCAUUUUUGGGGUAGCAGCCGAACACGAAGCAGUUCUUCUUUAGUCACCGACUCUGCAGCCGGAGCGACAGCUUUCAGCUGUGGGAUGAAGAGUUACAACGGAGCUAUUUCUAUGUUACCCGAUUCCACCCCUUGUGGCACUGUACUCGAAGCGGCCAAGAAAGCUGGAUACAAGACUGGACUUGUUGUUACAACGGAUAUCACCGAUGCUACACCUGCUUGCUUUGCUAGCCAUGUCGACAUCCGCUCACAAAACGAUGAUGUUGCUGUACAAGAGGUUGGGAAUGGGCCUCUUGGCCGUGUGGUAGAUUUGAUGUUUGGAGGUGGACGAUGCCGUUUCCUACCGAACGGGACUGAUGGCGGAUGCCGAGCCGACAAUAUUGAUGUUGUGGAAAUGGCAAAGAACGAUUACGGUUGGAACUACAUCAGCGAUCGGACAGGAUUUGAUGAGUUCUGGGAAGGCGAGAAAGAAGUUCCACUUCCCAUGCUAGGUCUUUUCGCCGAUACGGAUAUUCCAUUCGAACUCGAUAGGCAAAACAUGAACGACAUCUACCCAAGUCUUAGCGAGAUGGCCAAGACCGCUCUGAGAGCUCUUGAGAAGGCCACCGAGGGCAGUGACCAAGGCUUCUUCUUGAUGAUCGAGGGUAGUAGGAUCGACCAUGCCGGACACGGAAACGAUCCAGCUGCACAGGUCCGAGAAGUCCUCGAAUAUGACAGAACUUUCAAAGCUGUUUUAGAUUUUCUAGACGAAAGUCGCACGCCGGGUGUUCUAGUUGCCACUUCUGACCAUGAAACAGGUGGAUUAGCUGUUGCGCGACAGAUCAACGCCAAUUACCCACAAUAUUUGUGGUAUCCCGCCGUAUUAGCGAACGCCUCAUCAUCAUCAGAGUACCUUGCUCAUCGACUUCACGGCCACGUAUCAAAGACUUCAAUCGGUUCAGUCGAUCAGCUCAAGAAGUACAUUAACGAAGAACUCGUCGUUCCCGGUCUCGGUAUUCACGACGCGUCCGACGACGAACUCACAGCACUGGCCACCCAGCCAGAACAGGCUCAAAAUACCUUCGCACACAUGAUUAGCAUUCGCGCACAGAUUGGCUGGAGCACACACGGUCACUCAGCUGUGGACGUCAACAUCUACAGCUCCGGCGGCCCCGGUACCGACGCUAUUCGGGGUAAUGUGGAGAACACCGACGUAGGAAAAUACCUGAGGGAAUAUCUUAACGUCGACGUUGACGCUAUCACUAAGGAGCUGAACGAAAAGAUGACAUCAAAGAAGAGGCUAGGUAUGAUUGGCCAAGAUUCUUUUAUGGAUGAUACCGCUACGGUAGCUACCGAGGUCGAGGACCACUGGGUAUCGCAUGAGGCGAUGGAGACCCAACGAAUGAGCGCAGAUGUGGAAGUAUGAGAUCUUGGCUUUAUUGGGAUUGGAUUAUACCGUUUUGGGCUAGAGCUGCAUUUUUUGGAUUCGUUCCUUCAUUAGGUUGGCAUUCAUAGCAUGAGUAGAGGUGACUAAUACCAAAGACUUGAUACCCGUUCACGAGCAGAGCUGUACCGAGACUAAGAUCAUAAAUAUAUUCCUACUUGGCUGGCGAAAAGAAGUAUUGUUAAAUAACCAAGUUCAAUCUAUUUGAAGCUUGUACUUUUUGCUAUCUCACGGAAAGGAUGUCAUUUGGGAAGACAACUUCUUGCGUUGCCUA